AUGACUGACGUCCUCUCGAUUGCAGCCUCAGCGCUGAUAAUAAUCUACGCCUUCUCCAAACUUCUCUCCCUCUUCUUCACCUACUUUACCAGUGUCCUCCGUGCGCCUCUCUCUCGCUCACACUUAUUACUAGAGCUUCACCUGCUCCAACAAUUCGCCCUCGCACUCCAGGAAUACACAGACUCCAUCCAGGAGUCCCCCGCACUCCAAAAGCUCAAUUCUACCAUCGAUGAACCCCUCCGUGAGUAUGCUAAGAGCCUCGAAGAUCUCCGGGGCGGUAUCGAACCACCCUACGGGGGUAUACGCGGUAUACUCCAGAGUCUAGUGUGGCCAUUGAAAGAGCGGGGUGUAAUGGCGGAACUGAGCAGAUUUGGAAGAGUCAGGGAGAUCUUUGAACUGGCAUUGGGGAUGGACCAUGAGACCAUCUUGAGGAAUAUGGAGUCACAUGUCCGGCAGACAUGGAUCGCGACACAGGCUAUCGAGACAUGCGCGAAGAAUACAAACGUUACCGUCUAUGAGACGAAGAAGUUACUUUCAUCGCCCCGGCCGGCGUCGGAGUAUUUUGUCAGGGUGCCCUCGACGGCCUAG